GUGCGCAUGCGCAGACUGCUGCGCCCAGCUCAACAAAAGUGGUGGGUCGACCGACCUGCUUUAUCCCCAAGAUGGCGGACCUUCUAGGCUCGAUCUUAAACUCGAUGGAAAAACCUCCUACAGUCGGCGAUAAAGAAAGCCGACGAAAGGCCAGAGAACAAGCUGCUAAACUAAAGAAAAUGGAGGAAGACGAAAAAAGAAAGAAAGCAGAGUUCAGGAAAAAAAUGGAAAAAGAAGUGUCUGAUUUUAUUCAAGACAGUACACAACAAAAGCGAAAGUACAACCCUAUGGGUAAAAUAGAAAGAAGUAUCCUGCAUGAUGUGGCAGAAGUGGCCGGGCUGACCUCUUUUUCAUUUGGGGAAGACGAGGAGAGUCGAUAUGUUAUGCUUUUUAAGAAGGAGUUUGCCCCUUCAGAUGAGGAAUUAGAGGCAUAUCGCAAAGGAGAGGAAUGGGACCCAAAAUUAGCAGAGCAACGCCGAAGACUAAAGGAGCAAGCAGCAUUAGAAGAAGUUGAGGCCCAAAGGUCUGAGAAGUCAGAAACAUGCCCCAACUCCAACUACAGAGAUAAAUACAGUCACCUUAUUGGCACUUCAGCAGCCAAAGAUGCAGCUCACACGCUAGAGGCCAACAGAGCUUAUGGCUGCGUACCAGUAGCAAACAAGAGAGACACACGCUCCAUUGAAGAAGCCAUGAAUGAAAUCCGAGCAAAGAAACGGCAAAGACGAGAAGAUGACCCUGGGGCACAAAGUAGCACCUCCUGAGACAACACUGUGGCUCACUUGUCCUGCUGUGUGUGUGUGUGCGUGUGUGUGUGUGAGGUUGCCUCGUCUGCAGUAGUCAUUCAUUCUAACUUAUGUGACAGUCGUUAGUGGGGAAUUCUCAGGUGGCACAAUUUUAACUGUGGGUUACAUUUAUAUGUGGCUGUCUUUCAUUAACCAGUUUUAACAUUCACUCUCUAGUCCUCAUACUAAUGUGGUCAUAGGAAGUAUUUGGACAUUUAGUAUUAUGUUAUUUUUUUAAAGGGUUUUAUGACAAUGGUUUUAGUCUAAUACCAUGAUGCAUUGUGUAAAUAAAACCCUAAGAUUUUAGGCAUAGUGUUAAGCAAUUUUAAAGCCCAUUUUUAUGAUCAGACUUUACAGAAGGCUGUCAUUAAGUGUAUUAAUGAUCUGUCGAUAUUGAUCUGUUACAGUAUUGUUAAAAUAAAAUUGACACAGUCUAUGGUUGAAAGCCACACCAUAUCUUGCAGUAGGAAUAUUAUUAAAUUAUUGAAAAUGUUGCACAUUUAAGCAGUUGUUGCCAUUUAGAUUUAAUAAAGCAAUCCGAACGCA